AUGAGAAAAGAAGAUGUUCUUGGUGUUCUUGGUGAAGUUCAUAAUGAUUUCCAUGUUUCUAAAGAAAAGGUGACUCUAGAUGCUUUUGUUGAGGGGGAGUCAGAUGUUCAUACAAAGGUUUGUGAUUCAGAAGUCAUUAGCUCCGAAUCUGGUGUUUCAAACAUUGAAUCACAAAUCAAAAAGCCAAUAAUUCAAGAUGUGCAGAUUUACCAAACUCUUAAUGAUUGUGUUCAAAAGUCUUCAAAUGUUCGGAUUCAGAAAUGUGAAGAGAAAAGAAAGAAUAAGAAUAAGAACAAGAGUAAAAUGAAGAAGGUUUGGAUGCCCAAGGUUCAAGUCCCUCAUACAUGUGAAAAGGUUCAGAAAACCGAAGUCAAGAAUGUUCAAAGAAAAUUCAAUUUUUGUUUAGAUGAAGAUGUUAGAAGUUGGAAAAAAAAGAAAAAGGAUCUUCGCGACAGAAUGAGAUGGCCAAGGAAGGGAGAAAAUCCACCACCUAAAAAGACAAGUCCAAAUGGUGCAACAUACCAAAGGUUAGUCAAUCAAAUGUUCGAGGAUAAACUGGGGGACACCAUGGAGGUCUACAUCGAUGGCAUGGUAGUAAAAUCAAAUAAAGUUGAAGAUCACCUCAAAGAUAUUGAAGAUGCCUUCAACAUACUAGACGAAUAUAACAUGAAGCGGAACCCUUCCAAGUGUCACUUUGGAGUGAGGUCGGGCAAGUUCCUUGGAUACAUGGUGACUAAAAGAGGAAUAGAAGAAAAUACGGAACAAAUAAAAUCCAUCAUCGAUUUAAAAUCCCCAUCCUCAACAAAUGAUAUUUAG